GCUAGAUCCAAUAAAAUAGUAUAAGUAAAUUAGAAAUUGUCAUAAUAUAAAAUGUAUCUCUUCUGUGUAUUACUAAUUGCAAGUGGGGCAUUUCUGAACGUGAAUGCGGAAGUAAUAUAUCAAAUUGGUUUUACCCCGUUUAUAAACACAACACUUGUCGAUCACUUCGAGAUCGUCUGCAACAGCGGCGCCGACAGCGCCGUCAACAUCAGCUCAAUUCAGUUGUCUGCCGGACAGUGGGGUCUUGAGGCCAGUUGUAAUGGCUAUCAAGUGGUCACUUACUCGUCAUCCAAUUACAUCGCUGUUCAGCUUAAUCCGCCCUUGGUCUUUUCGUUGACCUUUCGCUCGUACCACGUCAGCUCUUAUACCAAUGGUAUGAUCAGUACAUUAUCAGUACAU